AUGCCUUUGGACACCAUAUAUCUGACCCGUCAUGGGCACCGCCUCAACUGGACCAUUGACUUUCGGACGGGCACAUACAAGUCCCAAUUCCCAACGCCAACAGGAAACCCAGCAGACCCUGCGCUGACCUCGCACGGCGUACACCAGUCACAUGAGCUGGCGGAGCACAUUGUCAGCCCCCAGUUCUACCCUAAGCCGUUCCGUGUCUACUCGAGUCCCUUCUACCGCUGCCUUCAAACAAUCCAGCCGUCUGUCGAAGAGCUCAAGAGAAUAUCGGUCGAGUCUGGAAAGAGCCAGCAUGAUGGCCGGAUUGGGUCAAUUGAUCGGCAUGCGAAUUUUGAUGUACGAAUUGAAAAUGGGUUAGGAGAAUGGUUCGGUGCAACAGAUUUCUUCGACCACCCGGCACACCCAACCCUUCAACUAAUGUCCACCCACUUCCCAACCCUCCUCCCAGAAGCUAGUCAAACCUACAAAGCCCUACUUAUCCCUUCAAGACGCGGCGAGACAAUCACGCAGCUCCACAACCGCGUAGCAACAGCCCUGGAAGGCAUAAUCGCCGACAUCGACGCAGAAGUCUCCGCCCUGGAAGCAGAGCUACCAUCAGACCAAAGAACCAGCAAAUCCGUGCUAAUCUGCGCGCAUGCUGCGCCGCUUAUUGCCAUGGGACGGGCUCUCACGGGACAUAUGCCGGAUCAUAGUUCAGAAGAGGACUUUGAUGUUUUCACAGCUGGGUUGAGUACUUUCAAGAGGAGGGGGGCUUCUUCUACUGCUAGCGUUGGGCGGAGCGGUGAUACGGAAGAAGGAUCGAGUGAAUAUCCGCUUGCUGAGGGUACGACGUUCAUUCGUGCGCCGAGAACCCCGCCGCAGUGGAGGAAUGGGCGCGGUGUUGGAGGUGGAUGGGAUUGCGUUGCGAAUGGGGAUUGUAGCUUUUUGAGCAGUGGUGCUGAGCGUGGUUGGUGA